CAGAAUCUUUUUCGUCCGCGGCUCGGUCCGGAGCGUGAGGGGCUCGCGAGAGAUGGUAGGAAGUGGCGGGCACACGCUCGGCGCGCACAGGGCGCUCCACUUGUCCAGCCAGCCAUCGAUCUUCUAAAACAGAGUCGCUGCCAUCGGUCUCGCGUUUCUCUCUCUCUCGUGAGAUCCCCACUUCGUCGCAUUCUGCUUCUGCAGACGCGAUCCUUGUGACUACUGGGCCGAUCACACUCCUGUCUGUUCGAUCACAGAAACAUCGAUUGCGUAGCUGCUGUCAGUGCACUCUGGUCUUUUCCCUGAUCGAUUUCGCAGCGAUCGUGCUUGGGCAACAAUGCAGGGGGGUUUGAGAGCUUUCGCUAAGCGCGUGGUUGCUGUCCCGCGCUUCCCAUCCGUGCAGGUUCGCAGGAUGGCAGGAGAGCCUGGUGCUCGAGAAAAAGCGCUGUUAGCUGAGGAUCCUGCCUUGAAGGAGUUCCAAUCUACGAAGGGUACCAUCCAGAUGAUCAAGAGGUUCGGAGACGUGCUUGUAAUGGCCGUCGUAGCUGGUUCUGUGUAUGAGAUCUACUGGCGAGUGGAAGCUAGAAGUGCUGCGCGGGCUGAAGAGGCCGCCAAGACGACUGUAUGACUUCCGACUCAUUCAGACUCGAAAUGGGUUUGCAUUUUUUUGAGUCGCUGUGCGGUUGUGAGAAAGUUGUGGUUUGUUCGUUACCAAUUCAAGGUAACCACAUGUAAAGAGUGGAAGUUCUGUGCAUCUUUUGUAGAAAGACUGUUUUUUGUGCUACUGUGGUUUCACAAACCAUAAAGCUCGAGUGGGUAUCUUUCAGAUUGCUUCAUCAGAAGCGAUCUUGGUAGGCUUAGUUAUCCAUAUGUUUACCUGGGAAAUAAGUGUCCAGUUUACUGUGUAAAAGACAUGCACCAACAGCACGUUCAGAAGAAAAGUGCCUGCGAUGGUGAAGAUUCUGGAUAAAGCUUCUUCCUUUUAAAAGAACUUACAAUCUCGGUCGGAGUGUAUCUUGUACAUGAGUGGUAUAUAUCUCUGUAUAUGAAAAGGUGCUGCGAAUUUUUAUCAAUCCUUUUGUUUCCCGUUAAAAGCUACAGUGUAGUCCCAGUAGCUGCUGGUACACCAGGUGCUUGAAUUUACAUCAGUGUCGUGAGGUUUUGCUCGUGAGUAUCACGCUUCUCGCUGAAGCGUGAUGCUUCAGAGUUUGCUAAGUGAGUUGGUGUGUUCCAGUUUGAGACUGAGAUUCCGGGUUUAGCUUUGCAUAGAACGACGUUUUAAUCAGC